CGAGGCUGCAAACUGUUGUGAUUGUUCAGAGACGAAGAAGAAACUUCGAGUGUUUGUGUGAGUGAACCUCUUUAUUUCCAGUCUGUGGAUUCAGCGGAAUGAUUCACUCUGAGGGACACAGAAGACUUUGACUCCGGUAACUCGACGGUUUAACGGAGACGGACAGAUGGAGGAGAAGAUGUGCGAGGAGAACACGGAGGAGGUGAAAGUGCUGGAGGCUCAGAUUGAUCAACUCCGGGCUGAAGUGGCAGAAUUGCAGCACCAACAGCAGAUGAACCUCAAGGACAUGACGUUCCACUUCAGGGGGCAAAUGCAGGAUGCACUGUCGUAUGUCUGCGGACAGAAACAGGUGGGUUCGGAGGAGGAGGUGGUGUCCAGGCUAAAGGAGGAGGUGGAGGAACUGGAGGAGGACCUUAAGCGGCAGACACAGAUGAAUGGCAUCAGUCUGAACAGCUGCACCACAAAAACGCUGCAAAGCAGUAGCAGGAAGUUGGUCCAGCAUCUCUCUGUAUCAGGACACUGCUCUGAACUGGUCUUCCAGGUCGAGUUCCAGCUUUCUGAAGUCAGGCAGGGUCAAAGAUCUGAGAGGACCAUCAGUGAUCUGAACGUGGUGAUGGAUGCCAGUGACCUGUGCAGCCUCAGCAGCUUCCUGUCUGGAGCCGAGGAGCGCAACGAUCUCUUGUUACUCUUCAGGGCUGUCAGGGCUUUCUCAGACAGACGUGAUGACCGCCGCAGAACCUUCCAGCAUUUCCAGGAGAAGUACCCGUCCGUCGUCUCUCUCCCUGGAGGCUGCAGGUCAGAGGUCAUGACCUUGAAUCACCCCGAGCUUCCUGGCUGCGUCCUGUCCAUUCAUUGGUCGGUGGAAGUUUCCAGAGAAGGUGGAGUCACUCCAAAUAUCUAUCUGUUGCCAAAGAUCCCAGAGAGAGCGCUGCAGUUGUUUCCCUCUCAGGCUGUAGGUGGCGCUGCAGAGGCCUUCCAGAGCAUGCUGAGGAUUCUGGGACCUGAAGCUGCGGUGGAGUCUGUGAUCAGGGCGGUCAGCCUCACACAGGACACGUAACUCACAUUAGAGGCAGCAGUUAAAACAGAAAACUGUUUAUUGACCAUUGUUGUUACGUCCCAGACGUUCACAAAAAGAUCUGCAGCAAAUAAUGACUUUAGUUUUAACGUUUGAGGGUUUUCGUUUUCAUUUGACACUCACAGAUCAGUAAACACACAGAUCAGAAAACACACAGCGCCGGUUUAGUCUCUUAGAAAUCUUUAUUCAAUAGAAAGAGCUCGGCGGUCACGGCUGUAACAGCAGAGCUCAUUGGUCAAAAUCUACAAAAAUAAAUAAUUUAAAUACAAAAUGCCAAACAGCAGAGUCGCCUUUGUAUUUUCAAAUAGUUCUCUUCUCUCAGUUAUUUACACACACGCCGUUAAUCAGGAGUCUGUAGGUAUCACAGUGCUGCGAUGUUUCCACACCUCGACGCUCAGGCAGCAGCUGGAGGCAGAGACGACCGACCAAUCAGAGCCCAGGUCACCUGACGGAGCUGCGUCUCUGUGAGGUCAGAGGUCUGGACACUUUGUUUUCUCUAGAAACUUAGUUUUAUCUUUGCAUUAAAUCCCCGACGAUGUUUUAAAAUACCCAGAAAGUUGUUUAAGGUUCAUUUACGGUUUCAUUCUGCUGCCGUUGAAAUACUGUCAGGAGUUUAGUUUCUUCCUCGGAAACAGCAGUUGACAAAAAGAACGUAACGUAAGAUCCACAAAAGCUUUGUCUCGAGGUUUUUAGUUUGGUUUAGUUUGUUAUUUUAGAUCUUUUAAAUCAACACAUGAAAACUCUUCGGAGGCAGAAGAACGUCAAAGUUAGAUAUUUACAUUUCAACAGAUAAAGUCUGUGAUUUAACCUUAAUUUGUGAUUUUGUCAAAUGCUGUUUUGAGGAUCCAGAAUGAAACACGAAGUUCAGCAGGUAUGUUUGUUUCCAUUACUUGAACUCAUAAUAACCUUCUUGUGUAUUGGUCUGGAUUUGGAAAUAAAUCUUAAAAAUCUUUUCUUUAUCACAAAGUAGACCAAAAGUUUCUUUUUCCCUCUGAAAUACUUUCAGAAUGGUUGGAACUCAAAUAACCAUAACUGUUUGUUUUAAAGCUCGUCAGAGAUUUAUCUUUAAGAAAAUGUGUUGUUUUUUUUAUGUGGAAGUUACUGAAAGAGAUGAAAACACAAAGGGAAUCUUUUAAAGCUGCAACUAUUUUGAAAUAUGUCAUAAGAUGAUUCCCAAGUUUCCACUCCUUGUGUCUAAAGACACAAUAUAAGUCAUUUUUAUUUGAUGCCACAUUGACAUGCAAACAUUUCAGGGAGUUUGUAUUUGAAAUUUUUUAUUAUUUUUAACCAGCACCUGCAAAGUUUUUUGAGCGUUUGACCUAAAACUUUGCUUCGAUAAAUAAAAUGCACUUGUGAACAUAGAGGCCUCGUGUUGUUAAAGAUAAAUAAACUUCAAUGUUGUCAUAUUAUAAACGUAUACUAUAUUUAACCCUCUGCAGUGAAUCCUGUUGUAAACAUUAGAAUUCGUCCCACAACUUUAACUCUGUGACAUUUUUGAUCAAGUUUCAAAAUAAGUCAAAGCAAACUCGCGUCUCCGUCAAACAGCUGCAGCCUAAACGUGUCCAGACCUCGGCUGCCUCGUCGCUCUGCCCGACGCGUCUUCAUUUCAACAGUUACAACAAUCAGUGGUUGGUUCAGUUCACUGUCGUUCACUCUCCAGCCUUCUAACCUCAGGCAGACGCUGAAAUGCGGCCGCUGGGAUUUCAGUCAAAAAAGAUGGAGCUGAAUCUAAAAUCUGCUGAUGUAGUGUUUGGGCCGAGCAGAGCCGCUGACAACACGUCUCACGCUGGGAGCAAAGUGGAGCGUGAGGGAGUUUCUGUCGUCUGAGGCUUCAGUCUUGUAGUGUGAUUUGUUUUCAGACGUGUGGCUGAUGGAGGCGACGGAGGCUGGAGAGUGGACACUGUGAACAGAGGAACUCAAGUCAAGUGUUACCAGUUUAUCUGAAGCCUCCUCGAGCGCUGCUGGUUUCAGAGGACGACGAGAACACAAAGUUUCUACCUGACAACGAGAAGACUUGCGAUAAUCUGGACUAGAAAAGUCCCCCCCCCCCCAAAAAAAGACAACCCCCGUCAACAAUCGUCAAACAGCUGUAACCUAGUGACAAGUCUCAACUCCAGGUGACGUCACUGUCCUCGGAAACCUCCCAGCGUCCCUGAACUCAUCCUUGAGCUUCGGAUCGUCAGGAAUUCGAGGUACUGAGAUUUCGAGGCUGCGUCCACAACCGCUGGUGUCAGACGACCUCUGACCUCAGCUGUGAACGCAGCCUGUAACAAAGUGAGUGUUUCAAAAUACACACUCAACGCACUCACACACACGCGCGCGCACACACACAACUCUUGUCCUCCAGUCCUACCAGAACAUUUAGGCACAUUGACAAAAUGGACACACAACAAGCCACUUAUGGCACAACAACCAGCAGAGCAGCAGCAUGACCAUCGGCCCGCCUGCACUCUUUCCCAGCAGCCUCUGCUCUCGUUACAGUUUCACCCGCUCUACUUGAAAACCCUCUGUAGAGUCACAUCAGUGAAAAGGAGACGGUCACAGUCACUGAGGAUGACGACAGGCGAUGACUCAGCUUCUUCCCCUGUUUCAUCACUUUGUCUCAUUAAGGGCUGAAACUAACAGUUAUUAUCAAUUCAUCAGAUUAUUUUCUUGAUUCAUUAAAAUUGUUUAGUUUGAGAAAUAU